AUGAGAGCCUCCCGUGUUUUAUUGAAUGCCGCUAAGAAAGGCGCUGCUCAACCAAAAGUUCAAGUUCCAGUUGAAAUGUAUCCAUUAUUUGCUGCUGUUGGUGUUGCAGUUGCUUCUGGAUGUUACUUCACUUACAGACAUUUUGCUCAUGAUAAAGAAUUAAGAUUAUGGAAAAACGCAGAUUUAUCUAAUUUGGAUGAUGUUUUAAAUGAUGCUUCAAGAAAAGAACAAGCUGCCGAAAAAUCUUCUGAAUAAAUGGAUAAGAAUAUCUUUAAAGAAGCAAAAUUUAUUCAAUUCUAUAUCAAAAAUAUUCAUCAAUUGUAAAAGUUAUAGUAGGAAGAAUAAGAUAAUCAAUUGAAGUUUCUCGUUUUAGUUUUUCUUUUGUUUUUUGUUUGCAUUAUAAUUAUCUUGUCUUGAGUCUUACUUUUAUGAAGUUUAAUUUCCUUUCUUCCCAUCAAUUUUUGGGUGUUUUAUAUAUUCCGUAUCAGCGUAAUUUUGAAUAAGCUUUUGUUUUAGUUUAUUCAUUUUUUUUUCACGUUGUCAUUAAUUU